UUCCUCACUGUCUCUUUCUCAUUCUAUUGAGGAGUGCGGCUACAGAGUUUCUCUGUGUGUGAAAGAAUCAAUGUGGGAAGGCAGAAUCUUGCACAGUGCUGCCGGGGAGCUUCUCAAGGGCAAUGCAACUUUUGCAAUACCCUGUCCCACGGUGUCUUGCUGGCUGAAAUGAGCACUGUGAAGGUUUCCUAUUGCCAGGAUCGCAAGGAGCACGCUGUGAGAUGAUUGCAGUCACCGACCCCGUUGUUUUCCUCUCUCUGCCUGUUUUGACUUGAAAAAAGAUCAUGACUGAAGUCUUUCUCUCAGCUCUUUUGAAUGUUACUCAAAGCACUUUGCUGACAAGUGGAUCAUCUUCUGGGAAUGUCUCAAAAUGCUCACUGACAAAGACAGGCUUUCAGUUCUAUUACCUCCCUGCUGUGUAUAUAGUAGUUUGCAUUACAGGAUUUAUUGGUAAUAGCGUAGCAAUAUGGAUGUUCAUUUUUCAUAUGAAACCAUGGAGCAGUAUUUCAGUCUACAUGUUCAACUUGGCACUUGCGGAUUUUUUAUAUGUACUUUCCCUCCCAGCACUGAUAUUUUACUAUUUUAAUAAAACAGACUGGAUCUUUGGGGAUGCCAUGUGUAAACUGCAAAGAUUUAUUUUCCAUGUUAAUCUUUAUGGAAGCAUCUUGUUCUUGACUUGCAUCAGUGUGCACCGAUACACAGGGGUAGUACAUCCUCUCAAAUCACUUGGGAGGUUGAAGAAGAAAAAUUCCAUCUACAUCAGUGCACUUGUCUGGUUCAUUGUUAUUGCUGGUAUAUCCCCUAUCUUAUUCUUCUCUGGUACUGGCAUCAGAAAAAAUAAAACCAUCACAUGCUUUGAUACAUCUUCUGAUGAUUACUUAAGAAGCUACUUCAUAUAUAGCAUGUGCACCACUGUAUUUGGGUUCUGUAUUCCCUUUAUUUUAAUUCUGGGAUGUUAUGGAUUAAUCGUCCGAGCCUUGAUCUAUAAAGAUAUGAAUAAUGCACCUCUGAGGAAGAAAUCUAUUUAUUUGGUUAUUAUCGUGCUGACUGUUUUUGCUGUGUCCUAUCUUCCCUUCCAUGUGAUGAAGAAUCUGAAUCUGCGAGCCAGGCUGGACUUUCAGUCUCCUGAAAUGUGCUUCUUUAAUGACCGGGUUUAUGCCACCUACCAAGUGACUAGGGGUCUUGCUAGUCUUAAUAGCUGUGUAGACCCCAUCCUCUAUUUCUUGGCAGGAGAUACCUUUCGGCGUAAGCUGUCCAGGGCAACGAGGAAAGCCUCUAGAAGAAGUGAAGCGAAUGUGCAAUCUAAGAGUGAGGAGAUGACUCUCAACAUCUUAUCAGAGUAUAAGCAGAAUGGAGACACAAGCUUGUGAAGACAAAGAAGAUGCCUGGAUUGCCCAACAUACCCAGCUCUUAGCACAACGGAAUGCAUCUUGAAUGAAUCUGGAUGUUCCUUGUAAUGAUCUUACGGGUAAAAGGCAAUUGAAAUGCUAAAACGAGCAGACAAGAACUACUUGUUCUUGAGAAAGCUGAAAGUUCUAUGGCGUUGUGGAGACAUUUGCACUUUCAGAAGCAUCUGCUGAAUCAGAAAUGUGUUUGUUCCCUGUACCAUUUCUUUAUCCUCACAAGCUAUACAAUGGUAUUUUUAUUUUUACACAUUAUUCCAGAAUUUACUGUGAAUAAGGUUCUACUACUGCUAAUAAUAAUGGUGAAGGAAUGUAUCUCAAAAAGUUGUAACGUGCUGUUUUAAAGAUAUUUUAAAGUAUUACUAAACUAGGUGAUUUUGUUUCUUGUGAAUCUGCUUUUCUCUUAGCAAUCGACGUUUAAAUUAUUGUACUGAAGAGGUAUUCAUUUUAGAAACAGAGUGUAGGGGUGCAUUUGACAUGCACCUCAUUUACAGCGUUGGGCUGGAUACAUCCAUUUAACAUUACUGUCAUUCUGUCAUUUAGCUGUGUCAGUAAAAAAUAGACAAAUGUGGUGAAAUAUUUUAGCCAAAUUUAAUUAUGUUGAGCUGGACAAAUAUUGUUGAAAUAUGUUUUUACUGAUGAUGUCUAUUGUGAACAAAAGGUUACUUACAUGCCUACUUAUCUACGUACCAAUGUCGGGUUUGAUGUGUAUAUGAAUCUCUUGGUACUAAAUAUUAGAAGUCUUUAGUACAAUAUAAGCAAACCAUGAAGAUUUGCACAAAAUUAUUACACGUACAAUUAUUUGUGAACCUUUUUCAUGAAGCCAUUCUAGUAGGGAAAAAAAAGAGGAUUUAUAUUACGUUUGCAUACUAAAUUCUAAGGGCUUUAACCUUGAAAAAAAAUGAGAAUUGAUAAAUUUAAUGACAAAAAUAUGCUUUAUUAAUUCAAUAGGUGUUUUUAUGCAAAGGCCUCUCAGCUAAGGAGAGAUUUUUUUUUUCUCAGCAGAAUACAAGGGAUUUAACAUGACCUUUCAUAUCUUUUCUUUGACCUGUUUUCACUAACUGCUGAUAGACCCAAUAUGUAUGUAAAACAGCACAUACUCUGAGCGUUAAGACUUUUACAGCUCAGUACUGAACGUUACAAUAAUUAUUUUUGACAUAUGGCACGAUGCAUCUUGCAUUAAGUCAAAAGAAUAUGAAGGGAUAAAUAUGUGAUUUAUAUGUUAAACGUACUGUGUAUGUUUGGAGUAUAGUAUGUGUUUAAUGCUCAUGUGAAAAAUGUUUAUUUUUGUACCAUUAUCUGUAAUUUAAUAUAGUUCAGUAAAUCAGUUUUACUUGUGAUUAACAGUGCCACUUAAUUGAUUUGCCUAUGGAGACAGUGUUACUUGACAUUUAAGCUUCUCAGGUUUUGUAGAUCGCAAUUAACUAAAUGUGUUUAACUUUCACAAUAAAAGGGUUGUCCAUUUCUAUAAAGCGAUGUGAUGUGUGCAUGCAGGUGUAUAUGUACAGCAUGGUACUAGAUGCUAGUGACUUUACAUCGACAAGGAAACAGCAAUGCAACCACAAGUCUGUCUGGUAUUGUACUUGGCCAUUUAAAACUGAAAGAGACCCAAUAAAACUCUAAACUACU